AUCUGAGUUGUGCUAGACGCUUCAAAUCGGGACCUUUUUUUCGCAGGACCUCUACACCAUACUUAUUUUCGAAAGCUUAUCGCAACAAGAAUGCAUGAGCCCCUUUGGUUUUGAUACAGCGGUUAUCUAUCAUGGCUGCAUUUCGAUCGUCCCCUUUGCCAAAGCCACGAGCAUGCGCGGGGCAGUCCUAGGUGGAGCAAAGACGUCCUCACUUCAGCUGCAUCCUACGCCGAGGUGACGGCCGCCUGGAGUUUCGAUGAAUGCGACGAAUACAUUACCACGCGGAUGAGUCAUGUGGAACCUUCUGUUUCGAAUAGUGGAUUUUGCAGGUUUGCAGCACGACCCGCCCUGAGGACGGUGGCAGGGAUCAUUGAUCUUCUAGUCUGAGAGCAAGUCAUCGUGAGCGAGAGGCAAAACCAACGUUGGAGAGCCUACGUGGGGCCGUGUGAAGACAAGGCCAAACCUACCUCGCUCCACGGCCCGAAGCAUCCAUUUCUUCUAGCCCGGCAUGUUCAACGACUUCAGCCCCGGGGAGACCCAGCACGGGCGGCAUGACGGCGCCGCCUUGGAGGAUGCGCCGCGGAGGGGCAGCAAGCAGAAGAUGGGGGCGUCCGAGAACGUCACCGGGCGGCAGGACGCCCCGGCAGACCCCGCUGUCGCCGGCGGGAAGAAAAAGGGCAAGGACCCGUCCAAGAUGUCCUCCAAGGAGCGGGUCCGCCAGGCGCUGAACACCAAAGCCGACUCCACGACGAUCAUCAUCGGCCGGAACUACAUCACGGAGGCGGACGCGGUGUUGCCCUACGGCACGAAGAAAGUCCAGUCGCGCGUCACGCCCAAGUACCCGCAGUUGGGCGCGAAAGAAAAAACGAUCCUCGACCCGGCCAAGGGUGUGCAGCCGGGACUGAAAGCCGCGGACCAGCCCGGUGCACCGACAAGCGUGGAAAACCUGAUCGCACAGGGACGGCACAUGGACAAACCGGUAUAGCUGCAGCAGCUCUGCUUUGGAAUGCAAAUUUGCUCUGGAAAUUUUCGAGAAUUGUCCUUUUGCAAAGGAUGCAAAAUUUUCAAAUUGAACUAUAUCACAGGUACAACCUUUCUACGAGCUGGCACCAGCGGAACAGUCGAAGAUUCGGCUAAACACGACCAUUUAUCGUAUUUUCAUGUGCAUCGGCGUCAGUUUCGCUGCAGGCUGCUGCGGCGGGGUGUGGUACUACCUGAAGUUCAAGGUACUGUUUAGGCUGAUUCUUCUUUGGUUUUCUUUGGCACCAGGAGCGUCUGAAGAUAAAAUAGUACCUAUUCCCGGUUUUUUUUUCGGAGCUUUGAGUCGCAGAGUGAGCAGAGAGAUUUCAGCUGCAUCGCGGAUUCGUUUAUUUGAUCAGGAAGAAGAGGAGGAAGAGAGUGUAAUCGAGGCCAUUGUCGAGGCUUCAGAGCCUCCUGGUACCACUGCGCCAAUAGAAGAGGAAGUUGUGACGAUGGCAACCACUUCCCCACCCGGCAGUCCUUCUACGACUACUCUUCCGCCGGGUGCACGGCUCCUGAGAGAGAUUCAAUCGUCGCAAGAGGGAACAAGAAGUUCAAGAUUUCGAGGAGAGAAACCUGCUUCGUACGAAAGAAGUGGCACAGAAGAACCCAGCAGACUUCAAGAAGCCACCGUGGCGGCUUCAAAUGCCGAGUCAAGUCAUUCUCCCGUUGCAUCUACUUCGGCUGCAAGUGUUCUUGUCUCUCCGGACGGGGCACCGGGCUAUACUGAAGGAGAAGGUGAUGUUGGAAAAAGAAAAACAAAUCUGAAUAAAGGGCGCCGGGGACGAAGAAGAGGAUCCUUUCGAGCCGUACGAAGACCUGAUUGAAGAGCAGGAGGAUGAAGUGGUCGCGACCACCACGACGACAACCACCACCCUGUUCGCGCCCACCAUUUGCGUCGGGAAAUACUGCUUCAGUACUUCUCUUUUAUGUCACUUCGAGCCGUGCCUGUAGCCUGGGAUUGCAAGAUUUGGAUGUACCCAUGGACAUUUAAAGAUAGGAUUCCCCGCAAUGCUGAAUUGUCUGCCUGUGUUUUUGCUUUCAGACUUUUUCGAUCGUGACAAAAAAUGGAUAAUCACCCUAGGUUCUCUGUCCUGCGAGCAGUUCGACACGAACAUUUUGCAGCAGGUGUCCGACCACUUAACGCAGUCCUACUAUCCGCUGGUAACAACGAUAAACUCGAUGACGGACUGCGUCAAUGCCACUAUUUACGGCGUGCCGGACCAAGGUACGAAAGACAUUAAUCUCAUCGAAAUUCAUGCUCAACGACUGUUGCGUAAGAUAUCGAUCGCGAGGAUCAAUGACAUGCUUGAUGUACUACCUACCACUUGAAUUUUCAUCAUCUUGCCAACAUUUAUUUCACAGCCGAGGCCGCAGUGUGUGGGAACCCAGCGUUUGGUUGCAACGCGAUCCAGCUCAUCCCAGCAAAGUUGUUUCCCUUCCUGAUGGGCCAGGCAGCCAAAGCCCGCGACAUUCCCUGUGGGUGCGAGCUGUGCAAGUGGCCCCUGAGUUACAUCACGUCGGAACAGGGCGUGCAGUUCUGCGGGGAAUCCAACGCACGAGCGUAUGUGGAGGGCGAUCCUUGCGGCUCCGUUUGCGGGCUCACAUGGCGUAUUUGAGGAUUUUUGCCUGCUGUGUCGGUGUACACAAGACCACAUAUUGCAAUGCCUAUUCCUUGGAAGAUUUUUGAGACGCAUACAAUAUUUUUCACCCUUUGCCUAGGCAAGACAUUGGUUAUUUGAUCUGAAAUGUUAUUUAAUGUUCCAACUCUAAAUGACAGCGGAAAUGACGACGGGCAACAUCACGGAUACCAGUACCACCACUACUACCACGACCAGCACGACGUCCACCACCACGACAAUCGAUACGACGAUUUGCAUCGGCCCCGACUACCGCCCUAACGACAACCACUGCCCGGAGUGCACGACGUAUCACAGCCGCAUUGUGGGCGCCAUGGCCAACUCCCUGCAGGCGACCAGCAGUGAUUUGGUAAACUGCGUCAAGCGCACGUACGAGGGACUGCCGCAGCUGGCGACGCUCGGCUUCGGGCGCAGCUGCAGUUCCCAGCGCCUGUGCUUCGCCUUCGAGGUGAUGGUUUUCGAAUUCGCGAAGUCCGCCGAUCCCUUGCGCGGAAUGGUCAGCAACGAAAAAUGCGCCUGCGAAUUGUGCAAGUGGCCACGAGACUGGUAGUGUUUGCUCUUCCAGUUUGAUGUGUCGAGGGUUCGGCAAGUGAAGGUGACGUAGAUUGAUACUAAGUUUUUUUGUUAAGAAGUACAACUUACGUUUGGAGUAAAGAUAAUCCGACAUCAAAAAACAGGCUUUCCUAUGGUCCGGGGCGCAAUUGCUUGAACGCCCAAAAUAUCGUCGAGGGCAAGUGGUGCGGGCCGUAUUGCAACGGAACCUACCCGAUAACCUACACCGGUGAUACUUCCACUUGGACGGGUCUCACCCCGGUGGAAGUCAGUAGCUACAACCCCGCCACUGAUGGUGCGAACGGCACGAAUGGAACAAACGGAACUAACAGCACGCUGCGUGUGCUGUCCGAGGGGGACGGUUUGCAGAUCGGAAAUGACCAUCACGACGCGCACGAGGACGAGGGUAGUACGAUUGAGGGGCAGGCUUCGUCUAGUUCUAGCAGGAGGCCGCGUGAUGGUCUCACGUACAAUGUUGAGCAGAAGAAAAUCACAGGAGACAGUCCUUCUUCGUCUUCUACGUCAAAUGGCGUUGAGGGUGAUGCAGCGUCACGGGAUGUCACGAAUCAGAAUUCAUGGCUCUCGAACGCCUGGAAGCGGUUCGCACGCUGGAUGUCGCCGGGCGUGUUUCUCGCUACGCCGACGUCGCAGCACCCUCGAGGAGUGAUAGAGCCAUUAACUGCCGGAACAACUGGAGUCGUCAUCAAGCUGCUUCCUGUUGGCAGCACGAAAGACCACGUGGAGCAGAAGAGCAGGAUACCAAUAGGAGAGCUGGAAGUUGUUCGUCUUUCCCCUUCAGAUCCUAACUUCGACGGCCCACCGGACCAAGCCUCGGAGCAUUCUCCAGACACAACAUCCAACGCUCUAGUCGUGCCGCCACAAGGUUUCCUGCUAGACAGCACGUCGGGUCUUUUCGCUGCAGACGUGGACGAACAUCGGCACAGCGACGCGUCUGCGAUGUGUCACCUGGUCGCACACGAAGUCGGGGGCUACGGUAGUAGUUCUCCGUGGAGCAAUCCGCUACGACCGACUGCGCAGGAUGCGGAGUCUCCGAGUUCCCCGUCGCCAAAAAGUUCUUCAGAAGCGCUGGACACGACCUGGUCCGAGAUUGGGGAACGACAGGCGAAGCUGCACGGCUUGCGGUCAGUGUUUACCAGGCGGGUCCGGGUGGAGUACGAAAAGAAAACGGGAACAGAGCAGCUACUCGUGGAUUACGCGGGCCAAUGGAGCGAAAGUCCGACGAGUGCGGGUCGUGACAAAGCAGGCGCGGGUGCUAGUAGUGCAACACCUGCGGGGGGACGAGGAGUAGUUUCCUCAUCGUCAACGCCAACUGCAGAAAAAACGAUCGCGGCACGCUCGUCGAAGCUCUCUUCGCUUCCUGCGGUGUUCAGUAGCCAAGGAGAAAGUAGAGAUAAAAACCUCGACCGUCUUUCGAUAGGCGCAGACAGCAGAAGCCUCGGGCUCGGGUCAGACGCGCAGAAAUCUGCGGUGGAUCACAAAACUUCUACGUCACGACCGUCAGUCGACGAGAAACUCGACCAGCAGAAAAAUCCGCCGCAGAAAACAGGUUCCUUCCACUACACGUUUUCGCAAGAUGGCGAGUUCGGCGUCGAAGCUACUGCGCAGAACGGCAACGACGAAACUGACGAUGUCAACAUUUACUGGUGGGAGGGGCCUGGGGAGAUGAAAGAGAUACCUGUUUCCAGCCAGGAAGUCCUCGAAUCGAUGAAGGGGUUAUGGAAGCAGAACAACCCUCGGGCGGUCUUUUCCCUCGCAACUCUAGUACAGCGCCUGCGCGCGAUACAAGAGAGAAAACGGGAUGAGGCGCUGGAACAGAAACGGAUAAAAGAGCUGCUAGCCACGGUUUCUACUUCGAAGUCGGACAGAGCAGAGCAACACCAACAGCCCCAGGAUAGUAGCGUAGCAACAGUGCUGUCGGCAACGAGUACAGUAGCUCCCGGUGCUCCUCCUCCCGAUAGCAAGGAGUCCGCGAAAAAUCUUGCAGCACCGAGGGUGCCAGCGCAGAGUCGACGUCCGCAGAAUCCUAGAGAACGCGUUCCAAGUGACAACAAGGUUGAUAGGACUCGAAGAAUACGAAAAGAAGCGACGCCUCCUCCGCCGGGGCGUACGAACAGAGUACCGGAGCCAAGUCCGAGCUCCCUUUCGACCGGCAGUAGCGGCAUGCAGCCCGGUUUCGCCACGAAUUCUUUCGAGAAUUGGAAAAACCGGGGGAGAUAGCAGUGUUUGCGUGGUGUCAUCAACCAGCCCUACUCAUGGGUUUGAAACAAAUGAACCGACUUGUAUCUCUUUAGCUACCUUCUUUUGUUUGCGAAAAGACUUUUGGAAGUUUUACUACCCCGUUGUAACAAAGCAAUCUUGAACUUGGCUUAGCAUCUUGAAAACUAAUUACUUUGCAAUCUAGAUAUCGCAGAACUUUGGAUAAACUCCAUCAGGUCAACGUCAACGUUAAGAAUUCGGAAUAAACUUUUCAUUAGCAGCUGCAAGCAUGUUGCAUUCGCUGAGUGAUUGAUUAACCCAUUGCUGAAGAACUCUUUUUGCAGACUCCAACGCACCCAGCUUUUUUUCAAAAUAGGCACGACAAUUCACUCCGUUCGAGUCUCGACCGCA